CUUGCCACUGUCGCACACGGCGCACACAGCGUGCCCCGAGUUCAGCCCAGUGUCGACGGCCGCUCUGAGCCCUAAACGGUUCAGGUACCGCCAAUAGCAAAAUCAUCAUGUCGACCACAUCGCUCUUCUUUUCCGUCGUCUAUAACUUUUUGUACUAUUUACUCUAUCUCGUUCUGAUCGCCUUCAUCAUCGUCACGCCCAGCGACUUGAUUCAGCAGGCUAUACCGCGCCGCUCCAACUACGAUAUCCUCAUCAUUACCCUCUGCUACAUCGUGACCAUCCUCAGCGUCAUCUUUAUCUACGCCAGUCGCCUGUACAUCAUUCGUUCAGUGCUGGCAUCAAUCCCAAAGCCAUGGAUCCCUAUCGAUAAAGGCGACGUCCCCCACGAUGUGCACGCGAUGAUCUCCGAGGAUCUCAGCAGGAGCGCCGCGAUUGCAUAUGAGUCCAGACCCCGUGUGCCACCAGUCGUCCCCAUGCAACGGCCUGCUGUGGACCCUGGUGGUGAAAAUCUAGCGGCAUCAUCCAAAUCGGCUACAUCGCCGCCAUGGCUAUCGAAGCUGAGGAAAAGCCACGAGUCGGAUAGGGACCUCCUUGUCGAUCUGGCUCAGCGCAAGCCUGUAUGGGGCGAGAUUGAGCACCCUGGUUGGGCCUCGCCUACAUCCCCUGACUUGCCGAAUCUGCAGUAUGACACGGUUGUUUUGGAAUUACCGAACCUGAUCGAGGCCAAGGCUCUCACUCUGGCCCCUCCCGACCCGGAAUCCAACGUUGAGCCACCUGUCCUGAAUCCCGACGCAGUUGCUCUCCUCCAGCGGCCAGAAUCGAUGGGACUGCGCGACUAUCUGAUGCAUCUCACCGAUCUGGCGGUUCUUGCACCACUGCCAACGACCAGCGAGUUUCUUGCCAAGUACGAAGCCGCACGCUUUUCUGCACGUCCCCUUACAAACGAUCAGUUCCGUACCCUGAUGCACCUCUUCGCUGAGAUUCUGCGGAAUAUGCAUCCCCUCAGUCAUGCGGCCCUGGUGAGAUACCAAGGUGACGAGGACGACGCGUCAAGCCGCUCUCCUUCGGAAAGCGACAUCGACAAUGAUGCGCCACGCGGGACAAGCCCCUCGAGUUUUGGCACCGCUGCCCGAGACAUGAGGACAACGGGUGGCAACGCCAACGACGCUGGGAGCUUUGCGCGCAGAGGAAGCUCAAGUACGGAGAGCUCAGGACGCCUGCGGCCGGGAAUUGGCGCGCGCCAUUCGUCAGCAAAUACCUGGCAAUACCGAACUGCUCCUACAACGCCCAGAAGCAGACACACUGGCCUCUCAAGGCAGUCUAGCUCGGCUAGUUUUGCUCAGACGAAGCAGCCAUACCCGGCCGGUCGGACGUCGAGCAGUGCUAGCAGCCUGCGAUCGGUUGGUGAGGGUUCAGUCAUCCGGCUGGCUGGGGCCAAUGACGCCACGGACCUACCAUAUGUGCUGACGUAUUCGCCCAGCCAGUGAAUGUGGUUCGUCUUGCUACGAGUUACGAAGUCACGCCCGGCCAUGUAUAAGAGUUCAAGUUGGUAGAAGAGUCAUCUUCAUUGUUUAAUGUUAAUGUCUGCUAGGAUAUGCUCAUUCAGUCUUUACCCAUUGCUAGCCCUGGACCAUGUUGGCCCACC